GCAUGAGCAGGAAAAUUCAGAGAACAGCGUCCAGCCUGAGGGGAUGAAGAUGGCCGCAUCAGCGGCAUCACGGCGUCCAGAGAAUGCUGCCUCUAAAUAGAACUGAAGUGUCGGUCUGAAAUCAAAUAAGAUUUCUUACAAGCUCAUUGAAGAAAUGUUGAACUGUGGUUCUCUAUAGCAAGGUGCAACGGUAUGAUCUCGGAUUGAACAGCCUGAAGGCCCCUUCAAUGCAGGGGCUGCUGCUGUCACUACCCAAAAGGAUUCUUGCUAGAGGCGUGGUUGACCAUGGAAGCAAGUGCUCAGCUCUUUGUCCGUUCAGAUGGGAAGCGAAUGUGCUUUUUCCUGCCCCCAUCUGUGCGGGACAAAGAUGGGGUGGUCCGGAAGCAAGUCAAGGAAUUGGUGGAGAAUUACGGUGGGAGGUUCAGAACCCCAAGCCUAAGAUUGCCUCAGGACGACGUGGUGAUUCAGUUGGUUCAUGUCGGCGAUGCUGGGAAUGAGAAAGCAUUGCAAGCUGCGAAAGCACGAGGCGAAAAGCUGUACUUUUGUACAUAUGUCCUGGACAGCGUCAAGAAAGGGAUACUACUGAAAUCGGAGGAUUAUGAGGUGCAUCCCCCUCCCCCAUCGGCCGGUCCUAAGCGGACUUACCACCACUGGACUCGAGAGGAAGAUAAAGCCAUUUUAGAGUAUGCAUCUAAAAGUAUCUUGGCACGAAGGGGUGACAUCUUCUGGCAGGAAGCAGAGCGUCAGAAGGUCACCCCGCACAGUUGGCAGGCCAUGAAAGAGCGCUACAACAAGUAUCUCGCCCCUGCUCAGAAGCCCAAGGCCAACGCCCCACCUGCCGGACACCCCCCAACAGACCUUGCGCUGAGAGCUGGAUCAAGCCAGCCUCACCUCCCAAUCACCCCUAGCGCAAACGAGCAUGCGGUUACGCCUGGCCCGGCUGUCGAGAAGCAAACGGCUGGGAGUGCUAAGCAGAGUCAGAAAGCGGGGUCUGAGGGUCCCAAGCAGCGGGAACGUGAGCAGGAAGUGCAGGCAGUUAAUUCAGCAGCCACACCUGGGGCAAGAGUGCCGGAGCCGUCUCGGGGGGGACCAAAGAACGGGCUUACGGAUGCCGGUCAAAAACAGCGGGAAGCAGGACAAGAGGCUGUGCCUGUUCAUGGCCCCUCAGUCAACGAAACCGCCCCUCGAAAACCGCAAGGGAAGCAGCCUUCGGCUAAAGCGGUUCCUGAGCUUGCGCAACAAAACCAAACCCCUCUCCAGGCGACCUCGCACCCGAAACCGGGCCAGAAGGCUCCACUUUUGUAUACCAGCCAGGCAGAUAAGCUGCAAAAGCAGCCCCUGGGGAAAAGUGAGCGAGCCCCUGCCCAAAUACCCCCCAAACCGCUUCAGAAAGUCCCUCCUCCGGGUGCUAACCAGCCAGCCGAGCAUCCACAGAAGGCCCCCGAACCGAGUCCUGUCCCAACCGCCCGACCACUCCCGCCCAAAACAAGUCAGCCCGCCCAAUUGCUCACAUCUUCGCACGGUGCGGCCGUGCUGAGGGCCCCCCCAAAAGCUGCACUUUUGAAGCCGGUUCCUGUCCAGAUCCUUGGCGCGGCAGCGGCUGUGCGGGAGCGGGCGCACAGGGACGAGGUGGGGGCUGGGCAAGCUCCUACGGUUCCGCGCGAGGCUCCCUUCACCCAGGCCCCGGACUUGGAGUUCACCGUGCCAGAGACACCCCCGGAAACGUGGGACGGUUCUCAGCGAGAGGAGGAAGCAUUGGGGAAGCCAGCAGAAUUUGAGAUGAAUGAAGGUGAUCAACAGAGGGUCGCGGCUGUGGAGCGUAGGGAAGGCAGCGGCGGUUUGGAGGAGGCGAGAGCGAGAGAAAGAAAGCGUGCGAGGGAUGAUGUAGGGGCCGGGGCGGCAGCAGCACCGGGAGUGGUAGGCGGUGCCAAGAAGCAGCGGAUAGAGGCUCAGAAACCCUCUGCGAAAGGAGUCCUGCCAGGCUCGCCUCGUGAGGAACUGUGGUUUGAUGUCUUGCCACCUGUUAAAGAACAGGAGCGUCACGCAGAUGGAGGGGACGGCGCUCAAGCAGGAGUCGGACCAUCGAAUGCAGCCCCUGAAGCCAAUAGCCGCCUGCCAGCUGUCACCGCAAAGGGGCCUUCCGACGACAGACAUAGAGGACGAGGAGCCGAUCUGGGGGGAAGUAUAGAGAUGGGCGAAGCCGGACAGCAUCAACGAGAGCCUGACGGGGAGGUCGGACCUGCAGAAAAAAGCGGGACCGUAGGCGGAGAGAACGCUGAAACAGGUCGAGUCGCAGAGAUCAGAGGGGAGGGAGGGCGCGGAGAGGAUAGAGCCUCCCAGGGCCUGACAAAGCAGUUAGAAGAGACAAAGCGGCGGCGUUUACGAAAAGCAAACGGGGAGCUGGUCGGGGAAGCCAAGAGGCGCGGGGCCGAGCCACCGCCCGCCCGACCGUCCGAUGUGCCGCCAGAGAGGGUGGCCGUGAUCCGGUCGUGGGUGGCGGACUUCGUGAAGCAGUACGGUUGCAGCCAGGAUGACAUCAUUGCAAAGGUGAUAGAGGCGUCCGGCGACUUCGAGGCUGCACGACCGUUGCUUGAUCCACGGAGUCGGAGCGCUGCGAAGGGCCCUGUUUGGAGUUUAAGAGAGGACCAUGUGCUUUUAACACAGCCGGUAGAUGAGAGAGAUGUGCACCCCGAGUACGUCAACCUUCGAGAGGUUUUUGGGAGUACUGCAGUGGAGAGCAGACUGACAUUUCUGGGACGGUUAUGAUAGAAAGAACCAGGAGUUUACUACUCACUGCACCCUGACGAAGGCCAAGCUCUGUAGCGUCCAUUUUCGUUGCACCUUCGACGAUGCCACAUUGGCUUUCUCAGUACCAAUAAUUGCAAUUGGCAAUUAGUUGUGAGCUAGCAACCGACUCUUCAGAUCAAAAAUCGACG